UAUACGGAAAUCAGUUCUUUAAAGGUAUAAGAUCUAUCCAGUCAAUGGAUAUAUCUGAAAUUGAUAUUUGGUAUUUUCCGGACGACCUAUUAAAUCCAAUGCCAAACUUGACAUAUCUUUUUUUAAGUAAAAAUUCACUUCAGUCUAUUCCGGUUCAACUGAGCGAUCAUACUAAAGUAAAGAUGCUUGACGUAAGGAAGAAUCGAUUGACAAGUGUAAGUUCAACCAUCAGGGGCUGGGCAGAUAAGAUGCAAGAGCGUCAUGGAAUGACGUUACAGCUCACUGAUAAUGCACUUGAGUGCAAUUGUGACAAUAUAGACUUGAUAAGAUGGAUACAGACUACAAAGGUUAAUCUCGACAGCCGAUCAUAUAAAUGUAAAUUGUCCAACGGAACAGUUAUUGACACACUUAUUGCAUACAACUCUCUAUAUGACUUGUUUGCUGACUGUAAGAAUACUAUGUGGUUAACUUUUGCAUCAACAUUAUUAUCGACAUUUAUCACGAUCUCACUGUUACUUUUAGCCUAUAACAGGAGAUGGAAAAUCAUCUUUUCUAUUUAUGGAGUAAUUCGACGUGUUGUUGAGCGCAAAGUCUGGAGGAUUUACCAAUAUGACGUGUAUAUCUCAUAUGAAGGGGAUAUUGUCAUUUGGAUUAAAAAUGUAUUAAUACCAAAACUUGAGACCGAGUGGGGACUGACGAUGUGUAUAAAAGAUCGAGAUUUUUUACCUGGACCGAGUCAAGCGGACAACGAGGCAGAAAGCAUUCAAAACAGUAGAGCCAUUAUAUUUCUCAUCACGCCUGAAUUCCUAUCGUCACGUGAUUGCAUGUUUGAACUUGACAGGGCAAAAUAUGAGAGAAUUACAAAAAAUCUUGAGCGUAUUAUUUUCAUUACAAAAAAUAUAACAAUAACUGACAUUCCUGUAGAGUUUUCGUACAUUUGGAAUUAUGCAUUUGUUGUACAAUGGCCGACAAAUCUAGAGGAUUUGGAUGAUACUUGGAGGAAACUGAGGAUGCUGCUUACUGAUGGGUUAAUUGCUAAACAAUAGAUAUCAUUAUAGAAAUUAUCAAGGCAAUGCACAUACCACAAAAAUGUUUUUUUUUGUUUUUUUUUACAAAAAUAAUUCAUUUCAACAAUACUUUUGUUAGCUGAUAAACACAUGCAAAAUAAUAUUGUAUUCUAUACAUUUAUAUAUUAUCAAAGUAAAGGGAUUCUAGUGCAAUCUACAGUUAUUUAUUAAUGAUAAUAAAGGUAUAUAUAAAUGUCACCAGUUCAGCAUGUCCCUACUACAAUGACAGUACAGGUAUAGAUAAAUAUCACCGGUACUGUAUGUCCAUACUGCAAUGAUAAUACAUGGUGAUGACAAAGCAAUGUCAUAAAUAUCACGAAGUAGAAAAAACAAUAUUAUCACUGCUAACAUAUAAAUAAUUGAGUAUAUGAUAUGUAUCUUGUAGACAGUUUAGUCCAGACAUUGAGUAUAUGAUAUGUAUCUUGUAGACAGUUUAGUCCAGACAUUGAUUAUAUGAUAUUUAUCUUGUAAACAUUUUAGUCCAGACAUCGAUUAUAUGAUAUUUAUCCUGUAGACAGUUUAUUCCAGACAUUGAGUAUAUGAUAUUUAUCUUGUAGACAGUUUAGUCCAGACACUGAGUAUAUGAUAUUUAUCUUGCAGACAGUUUAGUCCAGACAUUAAAUCGGUACAAGUAUUUAACAACCGGGUUUGUAAAGUUUUUAAUGACAAUUAAAUUAGAUCAACACUUUA